ACACACACACACACACACACACACAGAGCAGUUUCUUCUCCAACAGUUUGGCAGCUUUAGUAUUUAGGUCACCUCUUUGUGGAAGGAGAGAGAGAGAGAGGAAGGGAGGGAAGGAGCAUCCCAAUGUAAUGGUUCUUGUUGAUUGGGUAACACACACUCACACAUACACACUCACACACACACUGGUGAUCGAUUCAGCACCGCUCUGCUCUUCUUCAUCCCUCCCUGCGUCUUCUUCUUCUUCUUCUUCUUCUCUGUCUCUCUCUGUUCCUGCUGUCCGUUUGCCAGCGGACUCAUGAGGGAUUCUGAGAGGCCGAUGUGUCUGUCGUCCUCCUCCGUCUUCCUCCCUCUCGUCUCUCCUCUUCUUCAUCUCUCCUUAUCGAGCAUGACCUACAUUUCUAGCCCUUUUUGCCUUGGACCUUUGAUUCCUCCCCGUCUUAUCCCACCUACACACACACCCACCCACACACACACAUGGUCUUGCAGCAGGAUGGGGGUGGGGUGGAGUCACUAAGUCCAUUUAGAGCUGUUAAGGGUGGAGUUCUAAAAUAGGAUGCCAAGCUAAGCCCUGAGUGAACCCAGUUUCAAAACACUGCCUGUGUGUGUGUGUGUGUGUGUGUGUGUGAGAAACAGAAAGAGAAUAGUGAAGGUUAAGGAAAUAGUGCCUCCUAUGGACAAACACCAUCUCCUCAGUGUUAACAUGUGCACCUCCACACUGCCACCUGCUGGACCCUGUUCAUGAUUACAACCAUGUCUGAUCUUCACCUGAGCGUCACAUCACCUCUCUGCUCCCACCUGGUGGUGCCGGCCAGAGGAAACUACAAACUUGAUGCUACGUUUACGUACGUAACCCACAUGAAUGACAGAAGAUAAUUAUGCCUCAUCGCUGCUUAUGAUAACCUGAGUCCGGCGUGAAGGAACAUGAGGUAACCGUCGACAGCUACCUUCAACAAGUGGAAGUGAAUCACAGCGUGGACUGGAUUACAAACGUCUAAUCUCUGCUGCUGCCCGCUCAGGAAAGUCAGCAAAGCCCCUCGACUUCCUCCAAUUCUCUCUCACUGUUUGCUUUUUGGAUUGCACUCCAUCCUGUGGGUCCGUCAGACGGGUCCACGUGAGCUCGGCACCGGCACGCUUCACCACGGGAGCUUCAGAAAAGGUUGGCGCCCGUCGUACCUUAAGGACUCCCAUCAUCACGCACUGAUGAUUAGUGCGAGCAGCGAGGGGCAGUGUGGAGAUUAUGGCCGUCCCUCGGACUGCACUCUGCAGAAUGGGAGGCGUGCUGAGGGCUGAUCCGUCCCUGAUAGACACAAUAUCACUUGUUGGCUCGGCCUAGAGGACACUUCUUAACAUGCCAUGGGAUUAAACUGCAAAAUGAACACCUGCGGCCAGGAAACUUUGUGACUUCAGCAGCAUUUGAAGAACCCUCAACAAGACGAGGGAGGAGAGUGCAGUUUAUGUCAGGCAGUCCAUGAACAGUGAACCAGGCGGGCUGCAGUUGCCACAUCUGCCUGGUAAACAAAUCUGGCAUUUCAAGUGGACAUCUCAGGAGCUUCAGCAGCUUCAAGUGCUGAGGGAACACAAUGUGCAUUAAAUGGAAGCAACAGUCUGGAUAAAGAUAAACACGAGCGCAUGGGUGGAGGUGUUGUAAAGUGCAAGGUGCUAUGUUAGGGGACAACUGCUCCGACAGUCCGACCGUCAACUUCUGUCUGACACCACCGUCAGAAAUCAGGUGGGUCGUCCCCUCUGGCAGCAACGGUGGACUCCAGUUCCCUCAUUCCUCACAUACGAUGUUCCUGUGGGCAGGAAGUAAAGCCACAGAUGGCCGAAGUGACCAAAGAUCCAUCUACCAGAAGAUUCGAGAGUAUGAGGUCCUGGACAGGAGGAAGACGGUGACAGCUCUGAGGGCAGGAGAGGACAGAGCCAUCCUGCUGGGCCUCAGCAUGGUCUUCCUGUCCGUCAUGAUGUACUUCGUCCUGGGAAUCACCAUCCUGCGCUCCUACUCCGACAGUGUCUGGACGGACGAGACGAGCUGCACCAUCGUGAACUGCACCAUCGUGUGGGAUGUGAACUGUUCGUACAGCUGUGGAGCAGAGUGCUGGAAGGGCUCCCGUUACCCGUGUCUGCAGGUCUACGUCAGCCUCAACUCCUCGGGGAAGGUCAUUCGACUGUUUCACAACGAGGAGACGCAGGACAGCAACCCUGAGUGCUUCUACAUCCCAAAGUGCCAUAAGGACUACGCAGCCACACAUGCAAUAGUUCAGAACAUCUCUGAGCGCCUCAGGUCUCAGCACACGGUCCAGUGUUUCGUGGACCCCAAAGACAGAACGGGCAGCGCAAUUAUGACGCAGAUCUACGGCCAGGUCGCCGUCUUCCACUCCCUCUUCUGGCCGAGCUGCACUUUGAUCGGAGGAACCAUCAUCAUCGCCAUGGUGAAGCUGACCCAGUAUCUGUCCAUCAUGAGCGAGCGACUGAACCGCAUUAAGACGUGAACGGUGGGAAAGUCACAGCUUCAGAAGGGAAGUUCCCUCUGAAUGGACACGAGGGACACCUGAAGCGUCUUCAGCCGGCUGAGACUGGAGGACAAAGAGGAGGGACAGCGGACAUGUUAUCCGUCUGUGACAGCUGGAGGACGGUGGAAGGUCUCAGAGACUAAAAAUCUAAAAACAGCUCUAGAGACAAACGUGUAGUUUUGAGACAGGGUGGAAAUCCAGAAGAUGAAGAUAAACGGAUGUGGAUUCGACCUGCUGGUGGUUGAAGCUCUGAAACUAUCAUUUCCAUUAUUUUGGUUGGCCAGUCAGUAAUAUUUCAGUGACAUAAAAUGUGACAUAAUGAUUUUAACUACUACUGCUGGACUCAGUCAGGCUGAGCAGUGCGUACUCUUGAUUUGAAGUUUUCUAUCCAAAGAUGUUUUGUUACGUGAACGAUUUUACUACCAAAUAAACACAACGUGCCUGUAACGUGUUGAUACUGAUGUUUCAAAGAUGGAUCUCACAAUGAUUGGCUGAAUGGUCUACAUAUCAUUCAGUGGCUCACUGUGUUGCAUUGUGGGAAGUGUAGGCACCAUGUGGUAAAAUCAGUCCACUGCUAUAACACUGAACACCUAAAACACUGUUGGAGUCAUUUUUGACAGUUUGGUCAAAUUCGAUACAGCGGAGCCUUUUUUUUAAACCUG